UUUAAUCUAUACUAAUACGUGUUGUUGAAUUUUUAGCUAAUGUCAAGCAGCCUGUCGUGUUGUGGUAAUGAGACAGCGCCGCUGCUGCCAGGCGCAAAGAAUUAUGGGAAAUGAAGGAGGUGUUUUGUUUGUUUGUUUUUUUAUUGCUAGCUAAGAUUUUCUGUAACUUAAGUUGUUUUGGUGCAGUCAGUCGCCUUAUGUUUAAUGCUAUGGGAUAUAUUUUUAAUAAGCAAACGACAGAUAAAUUAUAAAGGGCAAGUUUAUAAAGGGCAACUGUUAAAAAGGAGGUCAUAGGACACAUUUCUGCAGGCAGUCAUUCUAUAUAGCUAGUUUCAAAGGAGCUUAAAUCGGCUUGUGUAAAAAGGUGACAGCAAGAGCCAUGCAGUGAAAGUGUGCGUGAAGUUCAUUUUGAAUCCUCCAGCUUCGCUAUGGCUUCUUCUGUUAGCUGCUCGUUGUUAUUGUCACCUGCCAGACUCUGUCGAAGUCUGCGGUCAAGAGCAAGCUGGACGCUCUCCGCUAAAGGCUUCGAUCAAAGGAGCUCGUUUCCAAGUGAAGGUGCAGCAGUUCUGUCCAGACAUGCACGAUCUCUCUGCCGAGGGUUUUUCUCAUACGGUGGAAGUUCGUCAGCUAAGCAGCAGACCCUGGAGGAUAUCGCAAAGAGCAUACGGGAGCAACAGUUCAACAGGGUCGUGGUGAUGGCGGGAGCUGGGAUCAGCACUCCCAGUGGCAUCCCAGAUUUCAGGUCUCCAGGCAGUGGUCUCUAUGACAACCUGCAGCAGUAUGACCUGCCUUACGCCGAGGCCAUAUUUGAGAUUAGCUUUUUCCACCAUAACCCAAAUCCCUUCUUCGCCCUGGCCAAAGAGCUGUAUCCAGGAAACUACCGCCCCAACCUGACACACCACUUUGUAUAUCUGCUUCACAAGAAGGGUCAGCUGCUCCGGAUGUACACACAGAACAUUGAUGGCCUGGAAAGACUAGCAGGGAUUCCUCCUGAGAUGCUGGUGGAGGCCCACGGCACGUUUGCCACUGCCACCUGCACCGCUUGCUUGAGGAAAUAUGAGGGCAAGGACCUCAGACCAGACGUGAUGAGUGGGACGGUCCCCAAGUGUCCCACCUGUAAGGGCGUGGUAAAGCCCGACAUCGUGUUUUUUGGUGAGGAGCUUCCACGGCACUUCUUCAAGUAUAUCACAGACUUCCCACUGGCAGACCUGCUGAUCAUCAUGGGGACGUCACUGGAGGUGGAGCCUUUUGCCAGUCUUGCUGGAGCCGUUCGCAGUUCUGUGCCCCGUCUUCUCAUCAACAGGGACUUGGUGGGGCCGUUCACCUGGAGCCGCCGGCCUAAUGACGUCGUGCAGCUGGGUGAUGUGGUGAGCGGUGUGCAAGCUCUGGUUGAUGCUCUUGGCUGGACUCGGGAACUCGACGCUCUGAUGGCGGCCAGCACUGAGAAAAGUGCACCAAAAAAAGAAGAGUGACACAAGUUCACGACAUCAAAAAACGAGGUUUGACUUUCCAUCAAACACACAAACUGUAGGAUCAAAUCCAGAAGACUCGAGGUUUACCAGGAUUUUAAAAAUGGGAUCAGUGGAAACUAUCAGACUGGUAGAUAAAGAAUUUGUAUAGUGGAAAUGCUGUGUAAUUAAUGCUCAGUCAAAUAUGAAUAAAAUACUGUAUAACAAA